AUGCACAUAUUUGUUCGUUCGACGUGCUCGAGAUUCUGUUACCUUUCUUGUCCCUAUGCUGAAUGCAUCGACCUUUCAAUGAUUGCCGUGUCUCCUUGGGUUGCUUCGGAGCAGGUCAUGGAUCCGUACAAGUUCAAGAAAGAACCGCAGGAAGGAAAGAUAUUCGUCCUGUUCCUGCAACCGCGACAGAUUCGGUUCUGCGGGCCGGACGAACUAGACAGGUUCGAGGGCGAGGCGCGGGAGAAGGCGAUCGCGCGCAGCCGGCGCAGCAGCUGCCUCCCCGACUACAAGGGGGCGCUCGAUGCGUGCCUGGCGCAGGAGGCGCGGCUGGCGCUGCUGGCGCAACGCCAGCAGGGCGCAAGGCAGCCGCGGGCAGAGAGGCAGGAGCGGGGGGAGAGGCAGGAGCGUGGAGAGAGGAAGGAACAGCAACAGCAGCAACCGCAACAGCAGCAGCAGAAAGAGCAGCCGCCGCCACCGCCGCAGCAGCAGCAGCAGCCGCAGCAGCAAUCCGUGCGGCAGGCGAAAGGAGAGGGAAAGGAAACGCCAAAAGUGGAGCAGGGGGAACGAGAGGAGGAGAACAAGGGAGGGACGAAGGGAAGGACGAAGGGAGGAAAGAAGCAGAAGGGUGCGAAGGCCCGAGGGAAGCGGAAGAAGGAAAGGGAGGAGGAAGAGGUGGAGGAGGAGGAGCAGCGAGAGGAGGAGACGGAGAAGGAAGCAGAGGUGGAGAAAAGGAGAGAGGCGGGUGCGAGUGGGCAGAGCGCCAAGAAGAGGAGAAAGGAAGGGGAGGUAAAUGUGGCUGACGUGGCACGGCCAGCGGUUGACGUUGCAGAGGUUGGGCUGGAGGCGGGAGCGACAGGAGAGGCAGAAGCCACAGGAGCGGCAGGAGCGGCAGGAGAAGCGGGAGAGGCAGGAGCGGCAGGAGAUGCAGGAGAGUCGCUGAUUGCAGAUAAGAAGGAUGCGGGAGGAGCGAUGACGGAAAUGGAGGGAGAGGGCAUGCACGCGGGUGCUGGGGCGGAGGCGGAGGCAGGGGACACGGAGCAAGAGGAACAUGAGGAGAGAGAACGGCCGGACGGAGUGGCAGAGGGACGCGCGGAGGGACGAGCGGAGGGACCAGCGGGAGGAGAGGCAGAGGGAGGAGCAGAGGGAGAUGCAGAGGAAAGAGCAGGACUCGGGCCCCAGGGAGCAUCGUUAGGGACGGAGAGGAUUGGCCCGGGCGAUGGUGAGGCAGAAGCAGGCGGUGGUGCGGUGGCAGGGAAAACGGCCAAGACAGGUGGUACUUUGAGUUAUGGUAGGAGAGGGGGGAAGAAGGGACGAGGGAAGGAGAGCGGCAGAGGGGUGGAGAGUCGAAACACAGGAGAGGAUGUGGCGGCGAGGGUAGGUGCAGCAGCAGUGGAAACAGGAGCUGCUGCUACGGGUGCAGCACUCGUGGGAAGCAGAGCGACAGCAGGAGUGGUGCCAGAAGCAAGCGGAGAUGUGCUGCUGACUCCUCCAGUUGAGGGGGUGCUCUCGACGCCUCCUGGGUUAGAAGUGCUCUCGACCCCUCCUGGAGGGAAGGAGAGGCGGGCAGCUGCGCAACGGGCUGCUGCUGCGCUGGCUGCCACUUCUGGGGGCAAAGGCAGAGCGGGGAGAGGGGAGGGGAAGAAGGGGGAGAAAGAGGAGAAGGGGGAGAAAGGGGAGAAGGGGGAGAAGGCGGGGGAGGAGGGGGAGAAGGGUAAGGUUGGAGGAGGGACAGGAGAGGCAGGGAAGAUGAACAAGGGAAAGAAGGAAAGGAAGGUGGAAAAGGCGGGGAAGGGGAAACAAAAAGGAAAGGUUGAAGCGGCAAGGGCAGGAAGAGCAGUGACAGGAGCAGCAGAUGAAGAGACGGCUGAUGUGAGAGAAGCAGAGGAAACUGCAGGUGGUGACAGAGUUGCGGCAGUGGAGGAGGAGGAGCAGCAGGGGGAGCAAGAGGGGGAGCAGGAGGGGGAGCAGGAGGGGGAGCAGGAGGGGGAGCAGGGGGAGGAGCAGGAGGAGGGUGAAGAAGAGGAGGUGGGGAGAGCAACAGGAAAGGGGGUUAAGGCGAAGAAGGGCGGGGCUGUGGUGGAGCGCAGGAGCACAAGGGCUCGUAAAAGUGAGGAUGGGGGUAUGGCUGAGAGGGUGAGGAGAGGUGCGAAGGGAGGUAUGAAGGGAGGUAUGAAGGGAGGCGCGAAGGGAGGCGCGAAGGUGAGUGAGCGAAGGGCGAGUUUUUUGAGAGGGAAGGGUGCGAAGGGUGAAGUGGUGGAGAGGGAGAAGGGCAGAAAGGAGCGUGAGAGAAGAGCGAGUGUGGCGAGAGGGAAGGGGGAUGGGAGGAGAGGAAGGGGAAAGGGAGGGAAGAAGGAAGAAGAGGAGGAGGAGGGUGCGGAAGAGGAGGAGGCUGGAGAAGAAAUGGAGGUGGAAGAAGGGGAGGUGGGCGAGGGUGAAUUGGAGGGAGGAGAGGACGACGAGGAGGAACGGGUGGAGGAAAGGGAUAAGGAAAGAGGGGAGAGGCGAGCUGAAGUGGAGGGAGAGGAGGGAGAAGGUGGAGAAGAGGAGGAGGACGAGAGUGUGAGAGAAAAUGGCUCAGAGAAGGAGAGUGAGGAGGAGGAGGAGAGUGAGGAGGAAGAAGAGGAGUAUGUACCCAGCUCACAAAAGGGCAAGAGGCCUCGUGCAGAGGGGGGGGAAGUCAAGCAUAAGCAGCAAUCUGUCGCCGCACCUCGUCCCAAACCUGCUCCCAAACCUCCCAAGGCAGCGCUCAAGGCUCUUGCCAAGCCUCGCGGCCAGGCUCGGUCCACCGCUGCUGCUGCUGCCGCUGCUGCUGGGGCUUUCAUUGUAGAGGUCCAGGCGGGCAGUGCAGAGGACGUGGAGGAAGCAGCGUUCCGGUGGAUGGAGGGGUAUGAGUUCAACCGCACUCAUGCCACAGCCCAGCUGCUCAAGCUGCUCUUCCAGGCGUGUGGGGUGCAGGUGGUGAUGGGAGACGAUGCCAUCAUGUCAGAGGGAGUCGGUGUGGACGACGUCGUGCAAACCCUCGUCGACUCCGCCCGCCAGGUCGCCCUGCUCGACCAUCUGCACCGCACUCCACCGCACCACAGCCACCACCACUCCACUGCCAACGACGGCAAGGGCAGCAAGGGUGGCAGUGGCAAGGGUGGCGAUGGGGCAUCGUUCCGCACGUCAUUGCUGCUGUUCUGGGAUGCGCUGGUGGUGGCGGGGGGGCGGGAAGGUUCUCUCUUUGACUCCCAGCUCCUGCCCACGCUUCUUGACUACCUCGUUGCCCUCUCCUCGUACGUUCCCUCCCCCGUUGCUUUCUGCUUGUGCAUCUCCUCCCUCUGCCUCUUUCUGCGCAUCCCUGUUUUUUGCUGCUCUGCUCUUCGUUUCCGUCUUCGUGUGUAUAACGUCAGCCCGCCGCCCAUUGUGCGUCUCUACCUCUCCUCCUUGUCUCCAGUUCCUCAUUCUCACCUUUGCCCUCCUCCCCUCGCAUAUUCCGCCACGUGGCAACACUCGUGGUGCUGCAGCUCAUUUCGUCCAUCAUCGCUUCCGUGCUCUCCUCGUCCCUCCUCUCCUCAUAUUGCGUCCGCGUCCCCCUCUCUUCCCCUUAUUCCCCCCAGCUCCUCCCCCCGCAUAUUCCGCCACGUGGCAACACUCGUGGCACUGCAGCUCAUCUCCUCCAUCAUCACCGUCGCUUCCGUGCUCUCCGAAUCGCAAUCCACGGCUCAGAGGCAGCUGCAGGCCGCGAUCCGACGGUCGGAAGAGCAGGAGCAGCAGGCGACAAGAGCAGGGGCGGAAAGCCGAGGAACAGGAGUGAGGAGGAGCAAGAGGAAGGGGUCUACUGGGGGAGGUGGGGAAGGACGAGGGGAUGGGGACGCCGGGGAAGCGGCAGGACUGGGGGAUGGGUCUGAGGGGGCAGGUGGGGGAGGUGGAAGUGGAGGGGCGAGCAGGCGGGCAGCGGUGGAGCUGCAAGCGAAGGUGGAUGCGAUUCAUGGGCAGGUGGCCAUGCUGGAAGGGGUCAUGCGGCGAGGGUUCACUGGCAUCAUCACGCAUCGCCAUCGGGACAUCGAUCCGGCCAUCAGAGCAGCGUGUGUGGCGGCGCUGGGCCAGUGGGUGACGCGCUACCCGUCGCUCUUCCUCGAUGAUGUCUUCCUCAAGUACCUCGGCUUCUCGCUCAAUGACAAGCCCUUCCUCUUCCUCCAUGAUGUCUACCUCAAGUACCUGUGCUUCUCGCUGAAUGACAAGGUGGGCGGUGGGUGCUGUGCAAAGCUGGUAAGGUACGUGCGGUGCGGCAGUAGGGUGCUCGCAUGCUCACACCCCUCGCUCUUCCUGGGUGAUGUCUACCUCAAGUACCUCCGCUUCUCGCUCAACGACAAGGUGAGAGCUCUGCAGGAUGAGAGCUCUGUGGCAUCCGUCCGCCUCACGGCCCUGUCAGCGCUCCAGUCGCUCUACGCCAGCGAGGACAAUCUGCCGGCGCUCGGCGUCUUUUCGGAGCGCUUCGUGCCACGUGUGCAGCAGAUGGUGGAUGACGUGGAUGCUGACGUGGCAGUGGCUGCUGUCUCGUUGGUCCAGCUGCUCGCCAGCAACGACACCCUCCCACACAACCGUGCCAUGUCUCUCCUCUCUGAUCUCCUCACGGACGACUGCCUGCCGCUCAGACUCCACUCCUGUCCUCAUCUCCCCAUUCUUCCCUUCCCCCCCCCCCCUUCUCCUUACUCUUUCUCCCCUGCUGUGUUCCCUCCCAGCAACGACACCCUCCCACACAACCGUGCCGUCGCUCUCCUCUCUGAUCGCCUCACGGACGACUGCCUGCCGCUCAGACUCGCCGCCUGCAACGUCCUCUUCCUCCUCCUCCUCGCCUCCUCCCCCAGCCCUGCCUCUCCUGCUGCUGCUGAAGCCGCUGCAUCCGAAGCAGGCCCGAGGAAAGGCAAGGGGGGAGGCAAGAGGGUGGAUGAGAGGGGAGGGAAGGGUGGGGAGGCGGAGGAGGGUGCAGGGAGGCAGGUGGUGGUGGUGGUGCGAAUGCUGCAGACGUGUGGGGAUGCGGUGCAGGCUGGGUACGUGGUGGAUGCGCUGUGGGAGCGAGUACCGGCCCUCAUGGACUUGAAGUCAAUUGGGAAGUUGCUACUGCAGUCAGACACCCAAGCCACGCCCCUCUCCCCCUCCUCCCAGCCGCUCUCCCCCACUCCUCCCUCCUCCUCCACCCCCUCGUUCCCCUCAUCGCCUCCUCCUCCCGAAGCCGACACGCCCACCCUCGCCCUCCUCCUCUCCCUCGCUGCUCGCAAGACCGUGGGAUUGCCGAUUGUGCCGCGGAGUGCAGCGGAGGUGAAGAGAAAGGCGCCUGUUGCACUGUCCAAGGCCAAAAAGGAUCGGCAAGCAGCAGUGGUGGCGGAGAUGACAGGGGCGCUCGUGAAGGUGCUUCCGCCAAUGAUGAGGCGCCACGUGGCGGAUGAGCGCGUGCUGCUGCGGCUGCUGGAAACAGCAGAGUGUCUUGACGUGGGGUCGCUGGCGCAUAGGCAGCAGCAGGAGGUGGGUGGGGAGAUGAUUGCAUUGACGCGUCUGGAGGUGGGGAACCUUGCAGACCAGCAGCAGCUGGGGGGGGUGAGUGGAGUGGGGAAGGCUGGACUCUACGUGUGUCAGCUUAAGGUGACUUUUGAGUCGACUCAAAAGUCACUUAAGUUGGUGUCAGGUGCUCUGGUGGCAGGGGACUGCAGCCGGCUUUUGCUGUGGUUCUCAAAGCCUCUCCUCGCGAUCCUCUCGGCGGCGCGUGACAGCCUGGCGCGCCACGUCAGCACGGCGGUGAUGGCGGCAGCGACACGUGUGCUACUGCGGUGCAUGUGGCGUGCUCAGGGAGACAUGCGCGAGCAGGCGGAGGAGGCAGUGAGGGGCGCCGUGCGCAGUGUGGUGGUGGGGCGAGUGAGGGAAGAAGCACUCACAGCUCUGGAGGCCACGUCAGGCACCCCUGCAGCUGACGUGGACACCUUUUCUCUCUCGGUGGCUGCUACUCGCCUCGCUGUCUUCCUCCUGCAAGCGGACCCUACCCCCUUCCUCCCCGCCCCCGCUGCUGCCGCUGGUGGCACUGAUUCAGCUGCUGCUGCAGAUGGGAUGCAACCACUGGACCUGUUUGCUCUGCUCCUUCGGUUGCUGGAGAAAUUUCCUCCUUAUAAGCACCCUCAGCUGGCAUCGCCAGUGCUUCGCUCGCUGGUGCUGCUGCUCGUGUGGGGCUUUAAGAAACUCGUCACUGCAGUGGGCAAAAAGGGGACGGCAGGUGAUGGGGCAGACGCGGCAGGGAGAGACGCAGCAGGUGCUGCAGGAGGUGCUGAGGCUGAUAGGGAAUCAGGGGGGGAAAGAGGGCUCAGUGUUGGUGGUGUGAGUGAAGGGGUGGGUGAGCAAGAGGAGGAGGUGAGGGAAAGGCAGGGGCGGCUGAUGGGUGUGCUGGUGAGGCUCAUGGAAGCAGGGGCGAAGGGAAGGAUAGCAGUGAACGGAGGAGGGGAGGAGCAGGGCGAUGAGGAAGCCGCGGAGGAAGAGGGAGGAGGCAGUGGAGUGGAAAGGGAGGGUCAGAGAGAGCAGCAGCAGCGGUGGCGGCAGCUGCAGCAGCUGGCAGUAGAGGUCUUGGAGCAUAUAUCGGACCUGUGGGUUCUCUUCUCGCCUCAUAAGCUCGCUCACUCGCUCCUACACCCACUCUCUGUUACAGUCACACCUGCCAGCGUCAACGCCUACUGGGCGGCAUUCAGUCGUCUGCUUCCCCCUUGCUCAGCAGAGAGGGGACAGAGCACACAGGAGAGGCAGCAAGAGAGGGUGUCGGAAAGAGGGGAAGAGAGAGUGGUGGCGGCAGCAGCCAAGCUGGUGCUGUGCGGUGCUGUGGACCCUGAGCUGCUGGCGCCUGCUGUGCUCUCACGGCUUGUGGUGGUGGGGAGGGGCGAGAAGACAGAUGAUGGGGGUGAGGAGGGGGAGGAGGGGGAGGAGGGGGAGGAUGAGGAGAGGGAGGAGGGGGUGGCACGGCUGUUUUUGUCUCAUCUGCAGCAGAGGAAGAAGCGGGCGGCAAGUGAGGGAGGGAAAUUUGAGCUGUGGCGGAUUUUCCUUCAGGCACUGAAAAUGACCUUUAUUCCCACUCUCCCACUCAUCUCCAACCACUCGCACACAGAGGAUGACGUGGCACCAUCUCAUUCGCCAAGCCCAGCAUCUGUAGGACGCUGUGCCAGCCUGGCAGCCCGGCUGGCAGCUGUAGCAGCCGCCCCGCAGUUCUCUGCGCAGCGAUUGGUCGAGCAGCGGGCGGCGAUUCGGCAGCUGGUGCAGGAAGGGGUGGCAUUCGCCUUUGAGUCGUUGCCCGACCGGCUGGCGUUUCUCGAAUGCGCGCUUCUACCGUUUUCUGCGAAGCUUCUUGGAAAUGACGCCCGAAGCAUUCUCAAUGCAUUAGAGGAGAGGGUGUCAGCCGUGGAUGAAGAUGUGGCUGAUGACGUGGCAUCAUCUGAGCCGUUGAUGGCCUUCACGUCUGUUCUGACGGAGAGAGCAGCGACAGCACCGCCACCUGCAUCUGCUGCAGCUACAGUUAAGGAAAGCGUGGCUGAUGGACCGGCAGGCAGGGCAGCACCUGGUGCUGCAGAUGAUGCUUCAGGUGCUGUGUCAGAUGAGGCAGGAGGUGGAGCAGAAGCAGACAGAGACAUUCACAGGGAGGGCGUUGACGAGGGGAGAGGGGGGGUGGGAGGGAGCGGAGAGGGCAGGAGACGGACACGUCAUGGUGGUGGUGUGGAUGAGACUGCAUCUGCUGUCAAGCGCAAAAAACUCUCCUUCUCUUCUGCUGCUGCUGCUGGUGGUGCUGUUGGUCCUGAUGCUGUUGGCGCUGAUGCUGGUGGUGCUGCUGGGGCUGCUGGCGGUUUGGAAGAGGAGGAAUCUGAAGAAAGUGCUGGGGAGGAAGGUGAGGGAGAGGAAGAGGAGGGAGGGGUGAAUGAGUCAGGGGGAGAAGAGGAAGGGGAGGUUGGAGAGGAAGGGUCAGCGGUGGGGAGGGAGGAUGGUUCAGGGCCAGGGUUGAGUCAGCCAGUAGGAGGCCCCGUGUUGGUGGCUGAGCCACUGGGAGGCGAGAGGAAGUAUGUGAGGAAGAAGAGGAGGGGUUCAGCGGUGGACGGGGGGAAAGAGGAGAGGAGAAUGAAGAGGAGGGAAGAGAGGGGUGGUGAUGGGUCGGAGGAGCGAGCCGAUGUUGGAGGUGGAGAAGGGGGUAGAGAGGUGGAAGGUGGUGGGCAGGAGUGGGAGGCGAUAGGGGAAGAAGUGGACACAGAUACGCAAGGCAGAACUCCUGAUGCGACUCAAGAUGAAACGCAAGUGGAAGAGAGUACCCAAGAUGCCUCUCAAGAUGAAAUGCGGGUGGAAGAGAGUACCCAAGAUGCGACUCAAGAUGAACCGCGAGUGGAGGAGAGCACCCAAGAUGCGACUCAAGACGAAACUCAAGGGGCUGUGCAAGGGAAUGAAGCAGGAGAGGAUGGGAGGGAGAUGGGAGGGAGGAGUGCAGGGGGCACUGAGGAGCAAUUGCCUUCCUCUUUUGAGGCUACAGAGGAGGAGCUUCCUUCCUAA